CUUCUAGGUACAUAGUGUCUUGAAUUACUAAACUUCCAACUACCAAACCGAAUAAUACCUUCUAUUCUAAUUAUUUUUAUCUGUGUGCAUACCUACGUAGUUUAAAUACUUUCGAAAAUAAUUAGUUUCUACAUAAGGGCAACUAAUUAGAGUAAAAACUCCUCGCCAUGGAAGACACACCAAUGGACGACAGCACCGUCGCCCUCGAAACCCCAGCCGACAACGUCUUCGUCCCUCCUUCCAUCCACCGCGCCGCCACCCUCUCCGGCGAGACCUACACGCACUUCUCCGCAGUGCCCCCAAGCCUACUUCCCAAACCUUCCUCCCCAUCAACAUCAACAUCAACAUCACCGUCAUCGUCACCCCUCGGCCCCCCCUGCGUCCUCGGCGUCGACGAAGCCGGCCGCGGCCCCGUCCUCGGGCCCAUGGUCUACGGCGUAUUCUACCUACCCGUCGAGCUCUCGGACCCGUUACUAAAGCAGACGCACCACUUCGACGACUCGAAAGUCCUCACCCCCGCCGUCCGCUCGCAGCUCAUGCAGUCCUUAUGCACUCCCCCCUCCCCUUCCUCCUCCUCCUCCAACUCAUCUAACGACCUGUUCUCGUCCUGCGGGUGGGCCGUAUCCUGCCUGUCGGCGCGGGACAUCGGCGCGAACAUGCUGCGCCCGUCGACCAGCGCGGCCUACAACCUCAACGCGCAGGCCUUCGACGCCACCGUCGAGCUCGUCCGCGGCGUCCUCGCCCGCGGCGUCAACGUCGCCGAGAUCUACAUCGACACCGUCGGCCCCCCCGCCGCCUACCAGGCCAAGCUCGCCCGCGUGUUCCCCGCCGUCCGGAUCACCGUCGCCAAGAAGGCCGACAGCCUGUACCCCUGCGUCAGCGCCGCCAGCGUCUGCGCCAAGGUCACCCGCGACGCCGCUCUGGAGGUCUUGUACGAGGCGAGGGCUGCUGCCUCUGCUGCCUCUGCUGCAGGAGAGGGACAAGGACACGGAGACGGACAGGGAGAAAACGAACACGAGGAAAGCUGGGGCUCCGGAUACCCUUCCGACGCCAAGUGCGUCUCCUGGCUGAGGAGAAACAUGCACCCGGUCUUUGGCUGGGGGCCUGAGUGCAGGUUUAGCUGGGGCACGGCGAAGGACAUGUUGGAGACGAAAGGCGGCGUCAAGGUCGAAUGGCCGUUGGACGAGGACGAGGAGAACAGCCGGCUUACGGAUUACUUUGCGGAUAGCAGCAAAGAGAAAGAUGCCGAUGAACUGGGGUCUUGGUUUGGUACUCCGGCCGGCUUAGAGGCAUUUUGACCUUAAAAAACUACUUACGUAUUUCGUUAUCGCAUAAUUGGGCAUGGGAUCACGGCGUUCCGGGGGUACGCGUAUCAGACGAAAAAAAAAAAAGGAUUGGUUCGUUUGGAUUUAAAGAUAUGUCCAUGACGAGAGAUGUAUAUUUACUAUAUCCUGGCCCACC